GACUGAUCUGGUCAGAACACGAAGGCGGACGUUGAGAGGUGGAAGGCGGAUAUGAUGAAGUGCGUCAAGCUGAUCCCACAGGUACAGAGCGCUCGCCUGUCCUGUUCGCUCGAGGGGGAUAAGGGAAAUAAGCUAGUCGUGCGGCAGGAAAAAAAGGUCUACACACAACACCACACACAACAACACACAUGCAUGCAGCGCCACUUACAGGUCAUCAAAGGUGGACCUUUUCGUUUUACAGUCGUUUCUCCAGAAGAAAAACUACAGACGCAGGAGGGUGAGUGGGGAGGGAGACUGGGUAGAUUUGUAUGUGAUAUGUGAUCUGUGUGUGCUCUCUGUGUGCUCUCUCUCUCUGUGGCUAUAGAUAUUCGGGGAGAUGGAUGUCCUGGAGGUGUUGCGUUUGCACCCCGCUCGGUGCUUCAAGUGCAGAGCGUGGAUGAAGGGGUUUCCAGCAAAGGUGAGCAGAAAUGCAUUUUCUAUCGAUGAUCGAUGUGUAUCUUUGUCAUGUGCGCUUGUGUGAAUGUGCAGUAUAAAGUCACCGACUCGCGCAAGGUCGAGAGCCACCUGGGAUAUGCAGGCAUGCAGUGCGGUAACACCUCGUCGCAGCCGGGCGGCAAGUGCACGAACGAGAGAUUCAAGGUUGAGACCAACUUGUCGGUCAUCUGGACCGAUGACUAUUUGCUCGCCGUGUUGGCUUUCUAUGGAGUUCUGCCUUUCUGAACACCUGUGUUUGUUGUGAAUGAAUGUUUGUUGAUCAACUGACGUGUGUGCACACACGCAUGUGUGUCGACUUUGCUGGUUGCUCUGCGGUUGGCCGUGGUGUGUGCACGUGCGGUUGCUUGCGCGUGUCGAUGAGUGGUCUGCACCUGUUCUAUAGCAUCUUUUUCGAUGACCGCUCAUCGGCAUUUGGUCUCGUGUGUGCGUGGCUGCUUGGAUGAGUGGCCUGUACCUGUUCUUUGGCGUCUUUUUCUAUGGCCGCUCGUCGGCACUUGGUCUUGUGUGUGCGUGGCUGUUGGAUGAGUGGUCUGCACCUGUUGUCUGGCGUCAUUUUUCGAUAACCAUUCAUCGGCAUUUGUUCGUGUGUGCGUGGCUGCUUGGAUGAGUGGUCUGCACUUGUUAUCUGGCGUCUUUUUUAAUGAUCGCUCGUCGGCAUUUGGUCUUGUGUGUGCGUGGCUGUUGGAUGAGUGGUCUGCACCUUUUGUCUGGCGUCUUUUUCGAUAACCGUUCAUCGGCAUUUGUUCGUGUGUGCGUGGCUGCUUGGAUGAGUGGCCUGCACCUGUUCUCUGGCGUCUUUUUCUAUGACCGCUCGUCGGCAUUUGGUCUUGUGUGUGCGUGGCUGUUGGAUGAGUGGUCUGCAGCUGUUGUCUGGCGUCUUUUUCGAUAACCGUUCAUCGGCAUUUGUUCGUGUGUGCGUGGCUGCUUGGAUGAGUGGCCUGCACCUAUUCUCUGGCGUCUUUUUCGAUCCUUGGCUGUCUUUUUUGAUGAGGGUCGGUGUACAUACCUGCAUGUAUUCCAUGUGGGAGGGCGGGAGGGACAGCCACAGACAGCGAAGGAGUGGAGGAGGGGGAGGUGAGUUGUCACAUGUGAAUCGUCACAUCCAUCUAGCGUUACACACAUGGAAUGGACACAUGGACAGAGACAUUGAGCAGACACUGAAACAUAGCAGACACUCAAACAUGUCAACC